UAUUAUUCCUCUGUCCGCGCGGACAUCAUGCGGCUCAACUGAACUGAAGCUUUUGAGACUUUCUUCAUAGGUGGUGUCAUACAUCAUAUCAGAAAUGUGGGAGUUACCGAGAAUACGUUUCGGUGACUGUAACAGUUCAGAGGGGAGUGAAGAGACGGAGAUCGCUGUAAAUAUUGGCGGUGUCAAGCACGUUUUGUAUGCAGACAUGCUAAGCCGAUAUCCCGAGACGCGUUUGGCGGAGCUGGCGAACAGAUCCACGGACUCCGCGCAGGAUUUCUCCGCGCUCUGCGAUGACUACGACUCAUGCAAGCGAGAGUUUUACUUUGACAGAGAUCCGGACGCGUUCAGGUGCAUCAUGGAUCUUUAUUACUACGGAGAGAUUCAUAUGAAAAGAGGCGUCUGCCCUAUGUGUUUCAUGAAAGAGAUGGACUUCUGGGGAAUCGAUCCGGAUUAUCUGGACGAAUGUUGUAAAAGUAACUUAAACGAGGUGGAAAGUGAACUGGCAGAAAUUGCGGAAAAGGUCAAAUCCAUCCUGGAUGACCAGGAGGGCGAUGCACAGACAACCAGUCUCCAAAGGUGCCAAGUGUUCCUGUGGAAGCUCAUGGAGAAACCGGAGUCAUCACUGGCAGCGCGCGUAAUCGCCAUCGUUUCAUUUGUCUUUAUCUUAUUUUCCUCCGUGGUCAUGUGCGUGGGUACCAUCCCUGAACUGCAGGUGCAGAAUGCCGAUGGACAGUUCGUGGAACACCCGAGCCUUGAGGCCAUAGAGACGGCUUGCAUCAUUUGGUUCACCGUGGAAUACAUUUUGCGUUUCGUCUCCUCUUCCAACAAGGUGCGCUUUAUGCUCUCCUUCAUGAAUAUAGUAGACUUUCUGGCCAUCAUGCCUUUCUACGUGGUGUUGAUUCUUACUCAUCUGGGCACCGCUAUGAUGGAGCUGGCCAACGUGCAGCAAGCGGUGCAAGCGUUGCGCAUCAUGCGCAUUGCGCGCAUAUUCAAACUGGCGCGACACUCAUCAGGUCUCCAAACUUUAACCUACGCGCUUAAGAGCAGCUUGAAGGAGCUGGGACUCCUGCUGAUGUACAUGGGCAUCGGAAUUUUUUUGUUUUCCGCGCUGGGGUACACGUUGGAACAAAGCCACCCGGAGACCAUGUUCACCAGCAUCCCGCAGUCCUUCUGGUGGGCUAUCAUUACAAUGACCACUGUGGGUUAUGGAGACAUCUACCCAAAAACUACGCUGGGGAGGUGUAACGCCGCUGUCAGCUUUUUGUGUGGCGUGAUAGCGAUUGCGUUGCCAAUCCACCCGAUCAUUAACAACUUUGUCAUUUUUUACAGCAAACAACGUGUGCUUGAAACUGCUGCCAAACAUGAGAUUGAACUCAUGGCGUUACGCGCAAAGGAGGAAGAGCAGGGGUGCACGGAUGAUGCCGAAAAGACACGGGCAUCAGAGCUGGGCAGUGCUGGUGUGAGAGGGUCACAUGAUGGUGAAACCUUUAUACCUUUACAUGAAGAUACAGCUGGGGCGUCCAAAGGACACCCUGGUCACAAAUGCAAAAACAGCUGAGUGAUUUUUUGUUCACGUGUUUGUAAAAUAUAGCUAUAGGGAGUUUAAGUAAACUGUGAUUUAUCAUAUAUAAUGUUUAAAGAUGUAUCUAUCUCUUUUGUGGAUAAAUCCUUCAGAGCAUAUCAAAACUUUAAGCUUUUAAAAUGUCGACUUGUGUUCCUUUAGCUCAGUUGGUAGUACAUUGCAUUAGCUGUGCAAAACUCAUGGGUUUGAUUUUCUUGGAACAAAUAUACUGAUAAAAAUGUAGACAGUAAAUGCACUGCAAAUCACUUUGGAUGAAACUAUCUACCAAAUGUACUUUUUGUGUGUAUAUAAAUAAAGGGUCUUUAAAGGAGUUCCUAAAGAUCACUAACCAAACAAAAAUGGAUAAAGCCCUGCGUAUAAAAAUGGCUAUGACUUUUUAAUUUAAUUGGUGCACUUUGAAAGAUAAAAUCAAAACCUAAUUUUAAUGCAUUCUUGUUAUCAUCUCAGCUUUUGUCUCCAACUUGGCAUCUUAAAAUGCAUGAGCGAGGCUGUAUUGAUUUUUGUGAGCUUGUGUCAUUUUGACCUUGUCUUUUAAUUGAUUGCUGCUUUUUAAUUGAUAUUGCUUUUGUAGACUGAGCAAUUACAUCAAAACUCUAAACAAAGCAAAAUCCAGCAAACAAUACAUCCAUUGUGUUUUAGCAUGCUAACUAGACGUGCAAAAAACGUACAGUGCCAUGAACAACCACUUUAGUUGUAUUAAAUUAUUCGAACAAUGCACUUCGAAUAGAUGCUUCUGACCUGACCUGCACUUUCUCUAGAUGCUUUAAUCCCAUCUGCUUAUUAAACAAUGUUGUGCACCACCAUCACCUGCUGUCAGAUAUGAAUGAUGUGUCACUUGAGGAUUUAAACAUUACUGCGGUGCUCCUUCGUGGACCAUUUGUUGGGUCAUGAAAGACAUGGAUGACCAUGAGUGUGUGUGUUUGUGUGGGCUUUGUCCUUUUCUUUGUCCUAGUGAAUUAUAGUGUUCUGAAUGUGCUUGUGCCCACGUAGAAAGGUAGGGUGAGUUGGUCUUUGUGUCGGUCUGUUGAUUGUUGGACACUGAGAUAUGCUUUAGAUUUGCCAUGUGGGUGGACAGGGCGCAGACACAGCUAAUAGCCAGUAAUCACCGACCCCCUCUCACUCAGCCCAAUCGGCACCACAUGCAAACACUGAAAGCUUAAAAUAUUCACCAAGAGAAGAGGAAUUCAGACCACACACACCCUCCCUAAUGCACACAUUACCAUCCGUAAUAUAAAUAAACAUGGCCAAAUGCACCUCUGUAAUGCUCACAUACCUUGCUGUCACGUAUCAUUUUGAGAGUCCCAUUUGGUAUCCCAUUAAGCCAAAGCAAUGCACAGCGCAAGACCGAGAGAGGCACAUGUCCCAUGCAGCUGACCGACUGCGUCCAAAUUCCCUCUCAAUUGCACAUGGAUCAGUUUUGGGUUACACACAUUGCAUUGUAACCAGAGCACAUCGCGAGAGUUAUGUCUAAGCCUACUGUUUGUCAUCUUCUAAAAAUAUAAGGGUCCAUGUUUCCCAUCUGAGUUCAGGUUUACCAUUAGACAAAACUGCUACAAUCUCCACACAAAGUAGGCCAUAGAAAGAUACUUUCACUAAGGUCUUGACCUGUAUGCAAGGUCAUUGUGCAUGAUUUUUGUGGAAGAAUUAUUCAAGCAUUUAUUUUCAGGAGAUAAACAGACAUGAGUUAGCCAUUAUUCGU